AAAUAACUUGAUCUAAAAAGAAAUUUUGUUCAAUUUCAGGCCACUGUAAUCUGCAGGAUGGAAUCAGCGGUGCUAGUUGUUGGGAUUGUCUUGGCUGUUGUUACAGCGCCAUCUCACGGCGCCAAGUACAACUACAAAGAGAUUCUGGCUAAGUCUAGUUUGUUCUAUGAGGCACAGAGAUCAGGGAAACUGCCCCCUGAAAAUAGAAUAAAAUGGCGAGGAGAUAGUGCUAUGGGCGACAAGGGACAGCAAGGACAGGAUCUCACAGGGGGAUGGUAUGACGCCGGGGACCAUGUUAAAUUCGGCCUGCCAAUGGCGUGGUCAGCAAUGACCCUCACGUGGGGCCUCAUUGACCACAAGGACGCCUACGUUAAGGCGGGUGAAUACCAAAACAUGAAGAACUGCGUGAAAUGGCCCAUGGACUAUUUUAUGAAAGCUCACACUGCGAAGGACGAGUUCUAUGCACAGGUGGGAGACCCUAACGCAGACCACUCGUUCUGGGGACGCGCCGAGGACAUGAAGAUGUAUCGUCCGUCAUACAAACUCUCCGCCAGUAAACCCGGAAGUGACGUAGUUGGAGAAUCUGCGGCGACACUAGCGGCUGGUUCCAUAGUUUUCAAAGAUGACGCGGCAUACUCCGCCAAGCUGCUGAAACACGCCAAGGAGUUGUACGACUUCGCUAAAACCCACCAAGGAAUUUACACCAGAGAAGGAGGAAUACCUGCUAGCCCCUUUUAUACGUCAUCCAGUUUCAAAGACGAUCUCUGUGUCGCUGCAGCCUGGCUGUACAGAGCGACGUCAGAUAAAACCUAUCUCAAUGACGCGAUGGGAUAUGACGAAGGCAGGGUCUCGUGGGCUUUGUCCUGGGAUGAUAAUUACGUUUCGUGCCAGUUGCUGCUGUAUGGAAUCACCAAGAAUGCCAAGUAUCAGCGCCCUGUCGUACAGUACAUGACUCAGUGGCUGCCCGGAGGGUCCGUGCCAUACACCCCCAAGGGCCUGGCCUGGAGAUUACAGUGGGGCUCUAACAGAUACGCAGCUAACAGUGCGUUUGUAGCCGCGAAGGCCGCAAGCAUGGGCAUUAAUACAGCACAGUACAAGAGCUGGGCAGAGAAGGAGCUCGGGUAUAUGCUGGGAGACGCAGGACAUAGUUUCGUAGUGGGCUUUGGGAACAAUCCUCCAACACAUGAACACCACCGUGGAGCUUCAUGCCCCAACCGUCCCGCCCCCUGCGGCCAGGCCCAGUUCUCCACUCCUAACCCCAAUCCCCAGGUCCUGUACGGCGCCCUGGUGGGAGGACCGGGUCAACAUGACGAGUAUGCUGACGUCAGAUCUGAUUACGUCAAGAACGAGGUCGCCACGGACUACAAUGCAGGAUUCACAUCAGCAAUUGCAGCCUUGAGUCACAUGGACAUGACAAAUGACGCACGCGCAUUUCUCUUCCGUCAGAAGUAAUUACAACGGCACCAUGGUCAAUGACAUCACAAAGGAUUACCACCUGGAGAGAAAGAAGUGACCGAAUCCUUUAAAUAGGACUAAUUCUGAAUUGAACUGUCUUUAGAAAAUAAUUUUUUUGCAAUAAAAAAAAAAAAUUUAGACUGUCCUAGCCAAUACAGUACUAGAUAAACUCUCAUGUUGAAAAAUUCAGUCCGUUUCAUAAAAGAAUUAUCAGCCCAAAAAUGUUAUAUAUUGAGUAAGAACUUUUUGUGGCUUUCAGUUGAAAGUUUAUUUGUUAAACUGGUUCUUCAGCUUCACUGAAAUAGAAUACAAUUCCUGUAAAGUAUAUGUUAGUUUAUAUCGGUUCAAAAUAAACAUUAACAAGUUCUCCUGCACCAUUACUUUUCCUAAGCACGAUUUUAUCCAAACGAUAUGAUCGAUUUGUUAUCAACUGACACACUUAAUAGAAAGGUUCCUUCUAAUGUAAAAUGUGAAUAAUGUGAAUAAAAAGGCAUAUAUAGCCGGAUAAAUUUUGUUA